UCAAAGUUUAUUUAAUAAAGAUAUAUUUAAAGGUAUAUUUAAUAAAGAGCAAGAUAAAAAGUAUUUAAUAAGAUUAAAAAAAAAAACAAUUUAAUAUCCAAAGAAAUUUAACUUGAACAAGGUGCAUUUGUAAAUGAAAACGUUGUAUAUAAAACAAAGCCGCCAUAAUUUAGAUUGUGGAAUUUUUUUUGGAAUCGUUUUAUUACUUGAAGGUUACAGAUCAGUGAGAGGAUGUUUAUGGAAAGAAAAUCUUAUGCCAGACAAUGUUGGAAAUAUAACUUCAGUUUCAAAUAGCACUCAAAAUGAAUGUUGUAAAUAUUGUCUUGACAGCUUUAAUGACACCUUGGCUGCUUUUUUAAAAGAUUCAGUCUGCACAUGUUUAAAAAUAUCUCAUAAAACAGUUCCUUAUAAUGGAAGCAACUAUACAUAUAUAACAAGAAAUCCUAUAAGACUUAACCAAUCAGAAUAUGAAUGUGGUCGUCGUGGAUUCUUCAAUUUACUAACUCUAUACUUUGUUGUAAGCGAAUAUGAAACAUUUUAUGUAAAAUUUGUAAACAUGGAUCUAAAUUUCAAUCUCUCAACUUCAGUCCUAAUGUUGACCUCUGAUAGAAAUCAAAUAAUUAAUGAUUAUACUACUGUUGGAUUUGGUAAUGGAGCAACUUAUCAUUAUUCUGUUAAUUUCUUUAGAAAUUUAACUUGCAAGUUUUUGGUUGGCUAUGUAAACGAAACAACUCAGUUUGCAAUAACACAUUCACGUGUAGCUAAUAGUCCAACAAGACUUAUUGUCUAUCUCAUACCUUUUAAUGUUGUGUCAAAUGUAAAGAAUAGUGAAGCUGCUUCAUUUGUUUAUGAUUCUUAUGCAUAUAUUGCAAUAAAUAAAAAUGUUAUUACAUCUGUAACUAGCGUCAGAAAUGAUAAUAUUGCUUCAACAGCAGAUUCAGAAAACAUUACUUUAAUAAUUUACUUUAACGAGAGAUUAAUGAAGUACAAAGAACAUUCAUUUGCAGCUAGUGGAAUGGUAUUUAAUUUGACUGCUCAAUGGUUUCUCGAAACAAAUAAAUUUAAGUUUGUUAUCCCAAGAUUACGAAUUGGCGUAUACUGUGAAAUAAAGGUCUUUUUUUACACUCUAAUGAAAGACCAACAACAAUUUCAAUCUUUAUAUCAUGAGUUGUCAGCUAUAACUUAUCGGAAUGGAACACCUAUUCAAAUAUUAGCAAAGUAUAAUAAGAAGUAUUCAGAUAUUGUAGUGCAGAAACGAGUCAGAAACCAUAAGUUUGUUGGUGAUAUAGUUUCACUGCUUCAAUUCAAUGAGGUAUUUCUUGUGUGCGAAUGGGCGAUAGAUAGAACAAGAAACUAUUGUGGAAUUUUGUCACUUGAUAAUGUACCAACAUUUACAACUAGUGCUACUAUAUUUAUAAUUGGAAAUUCAAGAAUAUUUUAUUGGGCAGCGCCUGUCAUAUACAUUCCAACGAAUAUUUGAUAUAUGUUUGACAUCAAUAGAUGCGUACCAACAAGGAGAGAACUUUUAUCAGAGAAGAAUUAUAAGUUCUCACAAAAUUGUUAUUUAUGUUGUUGUUUUUUUUAUAAUUUUUUUUUUUUCUUCAAGAAAAUUAUAUUUGGUUUUUGUUUUUCUUUUUCUUUUCCUUUCCUUUUUUUUUUUUACUU